GGGAGUUGCUUCGUGCUUCUUUGGGGGUAAAGACAGAGACUGACAUGGAGCCAGGGAAGCAUCUGGCUGGCCUCAUCUUGGCUGUCACUCUUCUUCAAGGUACUACAGCCGAGAAGAAACAAGAAGUUCCUGUGAUAAAAGUGGAUGACAAUCGAGAAGAUGGUUUGGUACAUCUGAUUUGUGUCUCAAAUGACACAAAGAUCACAUGGUUAAAAGACGGGAAACAAGAAAAUUCCUCGAAUAAUACUAAGCUGAAUCUGGGAAGCAGUAUCAAGGACCCUCAAGGGAUAUAUCAGUGUAAAGGAUCAGAGAACAUUUCAGAACCACUCCAAGUAUAUUACAGAAUGUGUCAGAACUGCAUUGACCUGAACGCAGGCACUGUAUCCAGCUUUGUCUUCGCUGAAAUCGUCAGCAUUUUCUUCCUUGCUGUCGGUGUUUACUUCAUUGCUGGACAGGAUGGAGUUCGCCAGUCCAGAGCUUCAGACAAGCAGACUCUGUUGUCCAAUGACCAGCUUUACCAGCCCCUCAGGGAUCGGGAAAAUGACCAAUAUGGCCACCUUCAAGGAAAGCGAUUGAGGAAAAAUUGAACUCAGGACUCAAAGUAGGUGUUCUCCAUGCUGGAUAGAUCCCA